AUGAAUAGUUUUCUUUCAACAUCAACUGCAAGAGAUCUCCCAUUAAUAUUUAAUGGACAAGGACAACAACGACCGCAACUGGAAUCGAUUUUAUUUGAAAUAACAAUUGAAACGAGCACAUGUGAAACGGCAUUUGCUGAUAUUCAAUAUGUCAGUUGGAUACCGGGCGAAGAAGAAAUUUUAAUUACGAUCGGUGCCAUUUUUCGUAUUGACUCAAGUAUCGCGCAAUCUGGCAUUGAAGGAGAUACCAUAGAAUCAUUAGAAACGAUGCAACGAUCAUUGGAACUUCAUAUAGCUUCUUUGCCUCCAGGUCAUCCUUCAAUUGCCGACAUGUAUGACGUUAUUGCAUGGACUCAUUUACGUCAUGGUAAUGUAGUAGACGCUCAAAAAGCUUUUGAAACAUCCAUCGAACUUCGAUUGAAUGCUACAUAUUUCAAUUCAGUACAUCUUGGUCAUACUUACAUCGGUCUUGGAAUUCUCUUGGGUGGCGACGAAGGCAUGUCAUAUUUAGACAAAGCACAUUGCCUUUUCAAGGAACAUUUACCUCAGAACAAUUCAAAAUUUAUUCAACUCUAUAUGUCCAAAGCAGAAAUUCAUAUAACGAAAAGCGAGAUACAACAAGCACAAUCUUAUUUAGCUGAUGCAUUGAAAAUUGAACAACUGAAACGAUCAAGGCCAGGAAAAGGCACAGCUCAUAUUUUUACACUCUUUGGAAUGAGUUAUCUACAUGAAGACAAAGCAGAAAUGGCACUCAAAGUGCUUGAUGUUUAUCAUCCGGGUUUGGCUAAAAUUUAUGCAUUUCGAACAGGCUCUGCAUAUUACAAUAAAAAACAACUUGAUAAAGCUCUAGCAUACUACCAGAUGGCCUUGGAAUUAACAAUCACAGUAGCUCCUGGUAAUCUAAAGCAAAUUGAACGGAUACGAUAUGGCAUUGAUAGGAUCAUGGAUCAUACUCUUGAUGUAAAUUAA